GGCAGCACAGCCUCGUUCCCAGCAGGAGGGAGGUCGCCAGGGCCGCCAGCACCCUGGGCCCACGAAGUUCCACGCAGUUCCUGAGUCGGUGUCAAGCAGGUGACACUGUCUUCCCAUAGCCCCAAGCAUGUGGGCAAGCCUGGGCCCUGCCGUCACGUUGGCCCUAGUGUCGGCAGUGGUAUGGGCCACGGAGCUCAAGCCCACGGCACCACCCAUCUUCACAGGCCGGCCCUUUGUGGUAGCGUGGGAUGUGCCCACACAGGACUGUGGCCCACGCCUCAAGGUGCCACUAGACCCGAAAGACCUGAAGGCCUUUGAUGUUCAGGCCUCACCAAAUGAGGGCUUUGUGAACCAAAACAUCACCAUCUUCUACCGCGACCGGCUGGGCCUGUAUCCGCACUUCGAAGGGGCCAGUAAGGCCGUGCAUGGAGGUUUGCCCCAGAAUGGGAGCCUCUGGGCACAUCUGAAGAUGCUGCAGGACCACGUGGAACACUACAUUCGCACCCAGGAGCCCGCAGGCCUGGCAGUCAUCGACUGGGAGGACUGGAGGCCCGUGUGGGUGCGCAAUUGGCAGGACAAGGAUGUGUACCGCCGCUUUUCCCGCCAGCUGGUGGCCAGUCAGCACCCCGACUGGUCGCCCGAUCACGUGGUGAAGCAGGCACAGCACGAGUUCGAGUUUGCUGCCCGCCAGUUCAUGCUGGAGACCCUGCGCUUCGUCAAGGCUGUGCGGCCUCAGCACCUCUGGGGUUUCUACCUCUUUCCUGACUGUUACAACCACGAUUACGUGCAGAACUGGGAGAGCUACACAGGGCGCUGCCCUGACGUGGAGGUCUCCCGAAACGACCAGCUGGCCUGGCUGUGGGCCGAGAGCACGGCCCUCUUCCCCUCUGUCUACCUAGAUGAGACUCUUGCUUCAUCCGCCCAGGGCCGCAACUUUGUCAGCUUCCGCGUUCAGGAGGCUUUGCGUGUGGCCCACACUCACCAUGCCAACCAUGCCCUCCCGGUGUAUGUCUUCACCAGGCCCACAUAUAGCCGCACCAUCAAGGGGCUUAGCCAGAUGGAUCUCAUCUCCACCAUCGGUGAGAGCGCAGCUCUGGGUGCAGCUGGCGUCAUCCUUUGGGGCGACGCUGGAUACACCACAAGUAAUAAGACCUGCCAGUACCUCAAGGACUACCUGAAGCAGCUGCUGGUUCCCUACGUUGUCAAUGUGUCCUGGGCGGCUCAUUACUGCAGCCAGAACCUGUGCCACAGCCAUGGGCGCUGCGUGCGCCGUGACCCCAGCUCCAGUGCCUUCCUGCACCUCAGUGCCAGCAGCUUUCGUCUAGUGCCUGGCCAAACCCCUGGUGAGCCUCUGCAUCCAGAGGGGGACCUCAGCCGGGCUGACCGCAUCCACCUGCAGACACACUUUCGCUGCCACUGCUACCUAGGCUGGGACGGUGAGCAGUGCCAGAGGGAUCACAGGGGAGCCUCCGGCAGUGCCAGUGGGCCCUGGGCUGGGCCUCAUGUCGCUGGCCUGCUGGGUCUGGCGGCACUGGUUCUCCCCUGGACUUUGUAGGGGUCUUUCACCUGGCUGCCAGGCAAGCUGGCCUCUGCCACAAGGGCGCUACCAGGCUUACAGCAGCUGGAGCUGGGAGGGGGCAGCGCCCCUGAAAUGUCCAGCAGAGAACUUAUACCAACACUCAGCCCCCUGUUCUAAGGGGGAGGGAGGGGCAGUCCCUGUAGGUAGGAAUAAGGGCAAAGGCGGGCAGGGGAUCUGACUCAACUCCCCUGUCCUGGGAUAGUUUAUUAUUAAUGUUGUUGCUGUUGUUGUUGUUAUUAUUAUUUGGGGUCUCUUUUGUAAAUUAAAUAUAAAA